AUGACAGUCUGCUACGGUGUAACGGCACUCGGAGCGAGGGACCAAGUGCUGUCGCAGCUGGAGGAUCUGCUAGGGGGGCAGGUGCGGCCUGAGGUGCUGCGGGAGUUGGGGGGCUUCUUGUCUCGCGUUGUACUGCAGUCUAUUGGGGAGUUAUUUAGGGGUGCAAUGCAGACAAAGAAGUGGUUGGAUGCCGUUUCAGGUGUAUGUACAGCAGCAGGUGUCCCCGUGGCAUGGGAGGUCCCUGCCAUUGGACUGCUGUGUGAACAACCCUACCGCUCACUGCAGCAGCAGCAGAUCCGCUCUGCGCUGCAGCGACACACGCUGCAUGUCUCCGGAGAUAGUGCUCCUGUCAGCAGGUCGAAGCAGCGGCUGGGAUUCCCCCCGAACUUCAUCCACAGCCUCGAUGCUGCACACAUGAUGCUGACGGCCUUGGAGUGUAUAGGCACCUGUCGCAUGGACAUGGCCGCCGUACACGACUCCUACUGGGCCCAUGCGGGGUGUAUAGACACCCUGGCAGUAGCCCUUAGACGGCAGUUCGUUGCCCUCUAUCAACACAACCCCCUCCAGUCCCUCUAUGAGAACGUUAAAUUCAGGCUUCCUCAGCAGGCAGCGCAGCUCCCGCCGCCCCCAGCUAGGGGACAGCUGGACAUACGCCAGGUCCUCGACAGUCCCUACUUUUUUCACUAA